AUGUUUCGUCUCGACCUGUUGUUGUUGCUUCAAUUGACUUGUUGCGCUGCACACGCCAUCCCCGUCCGGCACCGGGACAUAUUGUCGCCAUUAAACCCUCUCAAGAGCGUGGCGAGUGAGCUGGCCAGCAUUGUGACCGCGCCGGGCAGUCGGAUAACCACUACUGCCGACACCACGACGUUGUCAAUCGCACAAGUGCCUCCGACGUCCACGGCACAAUCCUCAGCCCUUGAGACGUCCGCAAGCAGCAUAGAAACUAUAACAAGCACACAGAAUGGAGGUUCGAAUACCGUCGCAGUAACGACAAGUGGAAGUGUACUGGAAAGUUCAACGCCGUCUGGGACCACGGCACAGUUUUUGACCGCCAGUGACUUCAGUACUUCCUCGUCAGCCAUCUCUCCAAGCAGUCCCGCUGUCGAGUCGACUGGUACGCACAAUGGAUCUACUGGAUCCUCGCGGAUAGCAAACUCUGUUGUACCGACUGUUACACAUGCUAGUGCUUCAUCGAGCACGGGCUCUCCAGCAUCGGCGACUGCUUCGGGGUCAGGCUCUGGCGGCGGAUCAGGGUCAGGAUCAACAUCCGCUACGGUGAAGAGAUCAAGCAACCUGUCCCCAGGAGAGCUUGCUGCUGUUGUCAUUCUCCCAGUCCUCGCUCUCUUGGCCGUACUCUUCCUGGUCGUGCGCUUUUGCCCACCUGUCCGCAAACAAUAUGGGUACUGGCGUCAACAACAACGCGAGGACCGGGCGUACCGUCGCCAACUAGACGAUCCUGUCAUGUCAUUCAAUGGUCUCGGACUCGGUGAUGUGGACAGUUUGGUGCGGCGUUUUUCAUUUGGCUUCCAGAAACCUGAAACCCAAAGUAUACGACGAAAACCGCUGACUUGGGAAGCCGGACGUAUAGGCACGGGAGGGGUCAGGGCUAUUGGCAUGGCAGUACCGAUGGGAGGCAGCGAACACGAGCAUAGGAGAUCUUUGAGUAUCAUCUCAGAAGAAAGUGACAUUACAGACCAUUAUGAGGAUGUUAGGUCUGAAGGAUCAUGAGCUUUGGAGGAGCUUUUGUUAUGACUGUCAUGGUUCUUGAGCAAGCGACCACCCUUUUCUUAUGUAAAUGAGCGAUCGUUCAAGGUUUCCUUUACUGUAUACAAUAUGUACUCUUCAGCAUGGUGUGCGAGUAUCCUCCACCAAAGUGCAUGGAAAAUGUUCGGCG